GGGAGAAAUUCAAUGUAGAAUGUUGGGUAUGAAAGUCGAAGCUUGGGACGGCACGGAUAAACCAGUUUUUGCCCAAUCCGCUGACCUGGUAUGCACAAAACCGUUUCCGUGCAUGCCAAUAUAUUUUUAUAAUGAUCCAGAUAAUUCAAAAUAUUUGGGUGCUUAUUUUUCGAAUUAUCCGUCAAUUUGGUAUCAUGGAGAUUAUGUAUGGAUAAAUCCAAUAACAGGCGGUGUUGUAAUGUUGGGAAGAUCAGACGCGACACUAAAUCCAUCGGGUAUUAGAUUUGGCAGUUCGGAAAUUUAUAACACUGUAGAUAACUUUGAGGAAGUGCAAGAUAGUUUGGUAGUUGGACAGAAAAUUGGUGAUGAUGAAAGGGUAGUAUUAUUCUUAAAGAUGGCUAAUGGAUACGAAUGUGAUGAUGAAUUGAUUUCAAGA